AUGAGUGAUUGUUCCCCAUUUUUAUUUGAAAACUUUAGACGUAUUUCAGAAGAUAAACAUACAAAGGUAUGUAAUAAAUCGGAAAAAUAUAUAGAUAAUCUGAUUGAUUUAUAUUGGAAUGACAUAUGUACAGAAACCAAAUUAGAAGAAGAUACAGAUGAAAGUAAAAAUGGAAAUUUUAAUAAAUGUGAACAAAUAGGAACAACAUAUCAUAAUAAAAACAAAGUUAAUUUAGAAAAAAAAAUUAAGGAAGAAAAAGAUUAUAAAUUAUCACAAUUUUAUGUGGAGAAAAAUUAUAAUGACAAAAACUAUAUUAACAAUUUUGAUAAUUCCGAAUGCGGUGUAAACAAUAUUUCCUUUGAUAAUGAUAACCCAUAUUUUAAUGAAUAUGAUAAGAAUAAAUUUAUUAAUGAAUUUAUUGAAUAUUAUAAAAAGCUGAAAGGUGAAUAUUAUAUAACUCCUGGAAAUUUUGUACAUUUAUAUACAAACCAGAAGAAUUGUAAUUUAAUUGAAGAGAAGGACAUAAAACUGAAAGGUAUAUCUAGAAAUAAAAAUAUAAAAAAAAAAUAUAAAUAUUGUAUGAAUGAUGUUAGUUAUUAUAAUAGUAUUAAUAAUAAAGAUAGAAAGAACCUAAAUAAUGUAAAUAAAUUAAUAAAAAGAAAAAGAAAAUAUGAUAAAAAUGAAAAGGUGAUGUUUCAUAAACGUUUUUCAUCAUAUAAUAUGGGGAGCGCUAGGAAAGAAAAGGUUUUGAGCAAAAAAGCUAAAAAAAGGGAAAAAUUGUGGAAACGAAAUAAAAAAAAGAGAGAAAAAAAAGAAUGCAUAGAAAGUUUAAAUGUGGAAAAAAUGGAAAUAAAUUUAUGUGUAACGAAAAGAUCAAAGGAAAACAUAUAUAAUAUAAUAGUAGAGAAUAACUUAAAAAAUGAAAAAUUGGAAAAGAUACAAAUGAAAGUACAUAAUGAUACAUCAUAUUUACAAAAAUUAAAAAGAGAAAAAAAAAAUGACAUGUCGGCGAUUAAUAAGAUUGAAAUAAGAAAUAAAAAAAUGGAUAGGAUAUAUAAUGAUAAAAAGAAUGACAAGGAUAAGGUACAAAUUAAUGUAUCAAGUUUGCAUGUGUUAGAAAAAGCAUCAAACAUAUUGAAGGAUAGUAGGGAGUUUUUAUUAUGUAGUAUGGAUGAAAUUCAUGUAAAUAAUAAAGAGGAAUGUGAAAAAAUAAGAGAGAAAUUUCAAACACUUUUUGGGUCAUCUACUGAUAAUACAGAUUUAUAUAAGGAUCAAAUUAGUAAUAAAGAAGAUUCAAUAUUAAAAAAAAAUAAUAUUGAAAUAAUGAAUGAGUCAGAUGUGGAUAUAACAAAAAAACAUGUUACUAAUAGAAGUUAUAGUACUGACAACAUAAAAUGUAGUGAUGAUUAUAAAAUGAAAAAUACAAAUCAAGUAGAUAAUCAAUGGUAUGUAGAGAAUUAUUCGUCUCAAUCGUGUAAUGAAAAAAGAGAAAGAUAUAGUAAUUAUUACCAUAAUGAUAAUUAUUAUAAUGAUAAUCAUUAUAAUGAAAAUUAUUAUAAUAUUGUGGAAUAUAAUAACAUGUCACAUGAUUAUUCUUAUUAUAAUAAAGAGGAAGGGAACAUCAUACCAUAUGAUAAUAUUAUAACGGAAGAGAAUUCUAUUAUAGAUAAUAAGGAAAAUGAUGAUUUAACACAAAAUAUGAAACAAUUACAAUCAUAUAAAGAAUAUAUAAAAAAUGAAUCAAAUGAGGAUGAUAAAGAUACAAACAAAUUUACGUAUUUAUCACAUAAUUCGAUAAAGGAAGAAAUGAAAAUAAAACAAGAUAUAAAUGUGGAUAAUAUGGAAAUUUUAAAUUUCUUGGAAGAAAAUAAAAAGAACACAAAUUAUCCUUCUCAUGUAUUUGUUGAAAAAAAAAAAAAAAUUUCCAGCAAAAUUAAAGAAGUGGAUAAUCGUAUAAAAAAUAAAAAGGAUAAUAUGCAAAUAAUUAACAUAAACGAUAUUCCGUCAAACGUACCUUUAACUAUGUUAAUUUUACAACACAUGGAAGAGAAAACAAAAAAAAAUAAAAAAGAGGAUAAAAAAUUUAAGGUAAAUUAUAAGGUUGAAUUAAUUGGUCGUUUAAAUAAUUGCGUAAAUUUAAAAAAAGCAAUAGAAAAAGAGAAAAGACUUUUUUCAAGAAUUGAAAAGAUAUAUGAUGUAUGCAAUAUGUAUAAAAAGGAUAAUCAGAAUAUAUGUUUCAGAAAAAAUAAAAACAUGACUGAAAAGAAUAAUAUCCUUAGUGAUGAUGACGAAAAGUAUAGAUAUCCUAUUGUUAGUAGUAGGUCUUAUAUCCCUUUUCCUAAUAUGGAUGGAAAAAAUAAUAGUAUUCACAUUAAAAAAUAUAUGAAUAAUAAGUAUUUAUUAAAUUUCAGGGAUGGUAAAAAGGACGAUAUAUAUAAUAAUAACGAUAAAGAAGAAAAAAAAAAUGUACUACUCUCUAUCAAACCCCUGAACAUAAUAAAUGUGAAGGCAAAUGAAGAAGUAAACACAAGAAUUAAUCAUCGUAUAAACAAAUGUAUAUAUAAGAAAAAAAAUUAUGACAAUAAAAUAACUUUAAGUGGUAUUUAUAAAGAUAAGGCAUUUAAUAUGAAGGGUAUAAAAUCAUUUUUGAAAAAGAACCAUAUUAUGGUCUCAAAGGAGAAAAUGAGCAUAAAAAAGGAUAAUUUGAUAAAGUAUAAAAAUAAGAUGUAUUUUUCUCAUCUAUUAAAAAAUAGUUGUAUUAAGAAAAAUUCUAUGCUUAGUUUAUGCAACAAGAAGGACAAAUCAGAUAAUGUGUGUAAAAGAAAUAACUUUGUUGUGAAAUAUAUGAUACAUAAUAAAGCACAAAUGAAUAAAAAGGAAGCUAACGCAAGUAUUAAAAAGUAUAAUAUACAUAAGAAUAUACAUAAAAAUAUAGGAAUAAACCGAUCAACACAUGUUAGUAAUUAUAAGGUGCAUAGUAUUCAAAAUGGUUUGAGUGAUAUAGAACAUGAUAAUAAAAGGGCCAUUAUAAAAAGUGUUUUAUUUAUGGAUAAUACAUAUAAGGAAGGUGGUAUGUAUACAAAACAGAGUAUUAUGUUUAAUAAUGGAAAUUUAGAAAAGUUUAAAAUUCAUAAUAAAAAAGGAAGGGAAGGGAAUUCUUUCACAUGUGAAAUAAAGAAUAAUGACUAUCAGAAUAUUAAGUAUAAUGAAAUGAAGGGAGCUAAAAAUGAUUGUUUGAAUCAAAAUGAAAUAGUCGAAAAGGAGAAAUUUGAUUUGGAACAUGAAAACGGUUCGGAACGUUUCAUAGAAGAAGAAAAACAUAUAUGUAUAGUAGAUGAUAAAAAAAAUAAUAUAAUGAAUGUUGAUGAGAAAAGAAAAAGUGACUACUCGUCUUAUGAAAGAGUAUUAAAAAUGGAAGGAAGUAAUAAAAAUGAAGAAGGUUAUUCCAAUACAGACAAAAUACUAAAAAAUGAAAAAAAUGUAAAUGAGAAAAAUGAUGAAAAAAAUGUAAAUGAUGAAAAUAAUUAUUUUUAUAAUAAUAAUAGUGACAGCUUUGAGCUGUGCACAAAUUCAUUAAUAUUUACCAAUAAUAAAAAAAACAGUAUAUUAAUUCCUAGUGAGAAUGAAAAAGGUAUUAUAGGAUCACAGAAGGAAGAGGAAAAACAUAUAUCUCCUGUUAAGAUAAAUAAUAAAAAAAAAGAUUUAUGUAAAAAUAUAAAUGAAUCUAACUAUUCAGAUAAAGAAUAUAGUGUGUUGUUAAAUAGUAUAGAAAAAAAAAUGUAUAAGAAAUGUUCUAGCACCUCAAAGAUAAGAGGAAUAGAAAAAAAGAAAAUAAAUGAAGAUUAUGUUGAUUUAAAAAAUAUAAAUUGUUCUAGAAAUACAUUAGAAUUUUUUCUAACCAAAAAAUAUUUGAAGAGUAGCGAACUUAUUAUAAAUGAACAUGAUUUUGAAAAUAUUAAUAAUGUAUAUGAAAAGAAAAAAAAAGAAGAAGAACAACAAAAAAAAAAAAAAUUAAAUAGAAAAAUAAAAGUUAAUAUUCAUAAUGAUAGUAUAAUAGAAGAAAAUAUGUCAUCUCAAUAUAAUUUUGUUAAAAAAAAAAAUAAUAAUUGUAUGGUUAAAUUUGAAACAAAAAGGAGUAAGUCCAUAUUGCGCUCAGAAAUAUUUGCUGUUGAAAAAAAUAAAAAACGUGCAACAAAUUUGAUGCGUUCUGAAGAACAAUUUAUUUCAUCAAUCGGACUUGUUGAAAAGGGUGAAAAUAGAAAGAGGAUAGAAAAAAAGGAUGAGGAAUAUAUAAAGGAAAAAAUAAAAAAUAAGAAAAAUGAAUUUAAAAAUAUUUUAACAGAACAAUUACUUUUAUUCAAAAGUGCAGAAAAUAUAAACACAAGUGGUAGUUUCAAUACUGAAAAAAUAAGACACAUAAAACGAACCAAACGAAAAGUUAACCUUAGUAAUAAUUUUAUUUUAAAUAAUUUUUCUAAUAUUUUAAAAAAAUUACAGAGAGUGGAAGAGGAUAAAAUAAAAAUGGAUGAACAAAAAAAAGAAAUAAAUAAAAACAAUGAGAAGGGUGAAUUUAAUGAAAAGGAAGAACCUAAUGAGAAUGGUGAACAUAUUAAACAAAAAGGAUAUAACCUUUUAGCAACUACAACAAAAGAGACAGCAGAAAUAAAGGAAGAUUAUUUUAUAAUACAAUUAAAUAUAAUAACGGUAUUUCUGUCAGAUUCAUAUAUGAAGAGGGUUAAUAUGAAAGAUACCUAUUAUAUGAAGUUAUUUAUAUAUUCUUCGAAUGAAAUAGAAAAAAUACAAAAUAAUUAUAUUGUUGAAAAAUUCCCUUGUUACUUUGUAUCACAUGCCAAUGGUAUAGCUUUAAGUUGUGACGCCUUUAAGAAGAUGAAGGUAAUGUGCGAAAACUCAUCAACUGGAGUAUUCAAAUUGGUAAUAUCUUGUUGUAGAGAAAAGGCCAUUUUAAGAAAAGAGAUAAUAAGAAUGUACAGUCGAAUUUUUCAAGCACCCCUAAAUUUGAAGACUUAUCCUUUGAGCAGGAACAAAAAAUAUGCACACGAGGAGAGCUCCUUCAAUGAUAGACUUUACGAAAUGAGUGGUACCAUAAUCCUUGGAACAUUAUAA